AUGAGCAGCCACAGCAGCGGUGGAAGCUACAGCAGCGAUGUAGGUGCACCUUCAGAGCCUUCUAGCCACGACACCGACAUGCAGCAGCCCCUAGGCCCAGGCGACGAUAUCUUGACAAGCCCAGAGGCUACUCCUAUUGAGGGAGUGUAUGGCCAGGGCAUCGCGGGUAUCCCUCCCAUAUCGGGGACAGAGCAGCAGCAGCAGCAGUUUGAAGGUCCAGCACCAGAAGCAGAAGAGCCCACAAUCCAGUCUUUCUUUAGAAGGGUGACGGAGUUGUUUGCUUCACUCCGCCCAAAGCUCGACUGA